UAUCGAUUACGGUAGAAAUCCAGAACAAGAAAACCCAAAUCCUAAACAUAUACUCCCCAGGCCGAAGUGGCCCCUUCGCUCAAAUAGCAAGUACAAUCCAAACCCUUGAUAAUUGCCUAGUAAUGGGAGACUUCAACUGCCACCAUCAAAUGUGGUACGGAGUAAAUUCACAUGAAUACAGAAACAAUAUUCGAGCAGACCGCGUCAAUG